AGGCAUCGGCGCGGUCAGCCUCGCGGCGCGGCCACGCCCCCACGCCGGCGCUUCCCGGGGGUCCUUCCGUGCGCGUUGAUAUGAUUGGCCGGCGAAUAGUGGCUCUCUUUUCCUCCUUGGCUGUCUGAAGAUAGGUCGCCAUCAUGAACGACACCGUAACUAUCCGCACUAGAAAGUUCAUGACCAACCGACUACUUCAGAGGAAACAGAUGGUCAUUGAUGUCCUUCACCCCGGGAAGGCAACAGUGCCUAAGACAGAAAUUCGGGAAAAACUAGCCAAAAUGUACAAGACCACACCAGAUGUCAUCUUUGUAUUUGGAUUCAGAACUCAUUUUGGUGGUGGCAAGACAACUGGCUUUGGCAUGAUUUACGAUUCCCUGGAUUAUGCAAAGAAAAAUGAACCCAAACAUAGACUUGCAAGACAUGGCCUGUAUGAGAAGAAAAAGACCUCAAGAAAGCAACGAAAGGAACGCAAGAACAGAAUGAAGAAAGUCAGGGGGACUGCAAAGGCCAAUGUUGGUGCUGGCAAAAAGAAGAAAUGAAGUGUCUAGCAGGUACUGAGAUUUGAGCUGGAGAUUGGAUCACAGCCAAAGGAGUAAAGGUGCUGCAAUGAUGUUAUCUGUGGCCACUGUGGAUGUUUCACGAGAACAUUAAUAAACUAAAAACUUCA